UACUCGACAACGCAGUGUUCCUCGUCUACACAGAACCAUUGCUUCAUUUUUCAACAUUGGUAUCAACAUGGUGUCCUCAUCCAAGGGCAACGUGGACCCUUUCCCAUGGCACAUAGGCAUUUACGACGCCCACUGUCAUCCAACAGACAUAAUGUCCAACAUCUCCAAGAUUCAAGAGAUGAAAGCACGCUGCCUUACCGUCAUGGCAACGCGUGAGGAGGACCAAGAGCUUGUGCUUAGUACAGCAUCUCAGCAUGGCAUUAAAUCCGCAAGCCCGGAUCACUGGUCCAGGGAGGAGUGCAUAGUUCCAUGCUACGGAUGGCAUCCAUGGUUUGCGCAUCAAAUGUACAUCUCAAACACCGAAGGUUCUCAAGACAGCGAGCUACAAGGCCUUACCGGCGAAGCGAAAAUGAAGCACUAUCAAACAGUCCUGCAGCCUUCAAGAACAGAGCCAAGCGAGGAAGACCUCCGCAUCUUCAAUGCUCUACCCAACCCUACAUCGUUCUCGGCGUUCAUCUCGCAAACACGGAAACAUCUUCAAGCACAUCCAUAUGCCCUUGUUGGUGAAAUUGGCCUAGAUCGCAGUUUCCGCAUUCCGGAACCUUGGGUACCUGAACUUUGGGCCACUCGUGACUCCAAUUUAACCCCUGGAGGAAGAGAAGGCCGGCGCCUGACACCGUUCAGAUGCCAGCCUGCCCAUCAGAAAGAGAUCGUGAAAAGACAGCUGCAACUAGCAGCAGAAUUGGAGCGGGCGGUCAGCGUGCACGGCGUACAAGCACACGGUCUCGUGUAUGAGUCGUUGCACGAGCUAUGGAAGGGGCACGAAAAGGAAGUGCUCAGCAAGCGCGAGAAGAAGAAGCGCGGGAAAGACGACCCAAGUGUGGAAGCUGAGGUCGACAAAGCUGCGACAAAAGACAUUGGGCCGAAACCAUACCCACCGAGAAUAUGUCUACACUCGUAUUCUGGGAGUGCGAGCAACUUCAAGCAAUACUUGAAUCCUGCGAUUCCGAUCCGAAUCUUUGCCAGCUUCAGUACUGCGAUCAAUCUCGGAGAUGCGUUGGACGAAGAGACGCCCGCCGAAUUUGAAGACAUGAUCAAGACAGUGCCGGACGAGAUGUUACUUAUUGAGAGCGAUCUGCAUACUGCUGGUCACGAGAUGGAUCGCAGAUUAGAGGAUAUCGCCAGAAGAAUAUGUAAGAUCAAAGGCUGGGGACUAGAAGAUGGUGUUGAGCGCUUGGGUAAAAAUUGGAAGGCUUUCGUAUUCGGUGAAGAGUAGACCAGAUCUAAUGCUGACGAAAUUAUGUUAGCUGAUGUUGUUCAGGAUGAUUGGUACCAACACACAAUGUGCCUGAUUGGCAGAUUGGGUAAAGGUCCUGGAAGAUCUGCGUGCAUUUACCCGGUCGAGGCUAGGUGGUUCUAACCAGCCCCAGACGUAUGAUUCCAAUAGCUCACACAUCCAACAUCACCAACAUCACUCUG